AUGUCUUUCGCUUUGUUCAAUGGGAUUUCUCAUAUGCGUGGAUUAUCAGCCAGACUACUCGUUUCCCAGCUCUCUAAAACUAUAGGGAUAAGAGUAGCAUCUGGUAAAACUAGGUUCAAAGUCCUUGAUGGCUCCAUUGAUAAGAACAGUCCAGCAUUUCUUUCAAGACUUCCGGACAGAAAAAAAAUGCACAAGUCUUACGAAGAGUUUACUAACUUAGCGGUGCAAGGAGGCGGUGAAAAAGCUAUUGAAAGGCACGUCAAACGGAACAAAAAACUCCUAGUUAGAGACAGGCUUAGUAAACUACUAGAUGAUGGUACAGAUUUCCUUGAGUUGUCGCGGUUUGCAGGGUUUGAUCUUGAGUAUGGUGAUGUGCCCAGUGCUGGGGUUGUGACAGGGGUUGGGCAAGUGUCCGGGCAACCGUGUAUGAUUAUAGCAAAUGAUGCGACUGUUAAAGGUGGAACUGUUUAUCCCAUAACUGUGAUGAAGCAGCUAAGGGCACAGGAGAUUGCCGAAGCCAACAAACUUCCUUGUAUAUUUCUUAUAGACUCUGGUGGAGGCUUCCUACCUUUACAGGUAAGGUUACAAUAAAAAACGUUCCUAAUAAAUAUUCUUGCGUGUCUAUCGAGGCACUGCCCCAUCUCACUUAAAGAUGACGGAAUCUGAAUCCUCAAAUUUUUGUUUGGCCCGCUUUUGAAAAUGAAAUCCAAAAGGUUCCUUUUUGCUUGAAAGAUUUGUCCAAAGGGUCGAAAUUUUGUUGGCCUGUUUGAAGAAAAAAUCAAAACUUCAGCUGUUCAAAAACCUGUCUACCUUAGAGGAGGGGGGUGGGGGGUGUAUGGGGGGCUGGAUAAAAAAAGGAACAUCCCCUUGCCAAGAACAAAACAAAUUUUAUUUCCUUACUUGAAAAUUGCCGCAUCUAAAGUUUGAACAGAAUUUUUAGGGGAAAUAUUAGUUUGUAUUCACAAAUCAUAGUCCCAGUUAAAGAAAUUUCUCAGUGACUCUCUCUCCAGUCCCAGGGAAAGAGAUCCCAUUCCUCCUUAGUUGCUUAGUGUUGCAGAUAGGUAAAGUCACUAAAUAGCAUAAUACAAAAGAUCAACAAGGCGGUGAACAAUACCGACACACCACCAAAGAACAGCUAACCAACAAUAGUUUCCACAACACCUAGAAACACCCCAUUUUUUCAGUCCAAAAUACAGUCCCAGUUUUCACAAAAAUAAAAGCUGUAUUAUAGUAUACAUGUAGAAUAUCUCUCACAGCAGAUCAGCCAGCAGAUUGCAUUAACUAACUUAACUGAAUGAAUCUGUCUUAAAACAGGCUGAUCUUUUCCCGGAAACUGGUGGACGAACAUUUUUCAAUCAGGCUGUGAUGUCAAUGAGAGGAAUUCCAAUUGUACGUGAGGUUAUAUUUUUUAGUACCAGUAAAUCAAUACAGUUUGUUAAAAGGGCUCUGGUUUUUCACUACGUUUCUUAGCCUUUUCGGGAUCUCCUCUUUUUCAGUGCUUCCGAUUGGUUAAAAAUUUGCUUUAGCAAAUUGGAAGCACAACCCAGAUCUUUGUAGUGAUGAGUCAUCAGUAUGGAAUUUUUGUACUCAUUCCACAGAUGUCAUUUUGUGGGGAAAUCAAUGGUACAAUUGUGAAAUAUUGGCUGAUUUCUCAGGCUAAAUAAAUAUCUGUUUUGAGACCAGCACAAUUUUGGCUUAAGAAUGCUUUUCACCAACAGUUUAGCAGAAAUGCCAGUCAUGAAUUUUUAGCAUGAAUCUGGUGAGAUACCAUCCAGAUUUUUGUCUUUUUUGCAAACGGGACCAUUAAACCACCUACAUCUUAUAUUGAAUUUUCCUUGUUUACGCAGAUUUGUCUUGUAUGUGGAUCAUGUACGGCAGGUGCAGCUUAUGUACCCACAAUGGCUGAUGAAGCUGUUAUUGUUGAUAAGAUUGGAACAAUAUUUCUUGGUGGUCCACCUCUAGUUAAGGUAAUAAUCAUUAUAAUAAUAAUGUUAAUAAUAAAGAUAAUAAUAAUAAUAAUUAUUAUUAAUUAAGUGUCGUAUUUAACUGCAAGGCAUCUGACUGUCUUGUUUUACCUUACAUGUAUUGCCAUUUCAGUUUCUGAAUUGGAAGAAAUAUUUUUAGAACUCUGUACUUGUUUACUCAUGUUUAAAGUCCUUACAGCUGUAGGAAGAGAGAGCCUUCCUACAAUGGUGUACCAAAAUUGAAUGUAUCAAAAAUAAUUCUAAACUAAGAAUGUUGCGUUUAUAUGAAAUAUUUUUUUCUUUUACAAUGGUUCUUCUAAUUUGGAAUUUUUAGGUUAUAAGCACUUUAACAAUCUUUUUACAUUUCCCCCUUUUACAAUAGUAUAAGGGUUAAUAGUUCUUGUUGAUUUUCAUCCAGGCAGCCACUGGUGAAGUUGUUUCUGCAGAGGAACUUGGUGGUGCCAUGAUGCAUUCUAGGUUAGUAAACAAAAACUUAAUGUUGGGCUGUAACUAUUUUUUCAUUGACAAGCAAAAGCAGUAAGAAAAAGUAUACAGCUCUCGGAUAUAUAUUUUUUUUCACUUGAAACUACCCAGGUUUUAUGCUGCUCAGCAAAAUGGGGGAAGACUUGCUCCUGGCUCUAAGCUCAACUAAGCUCAAUUUUCAAAGUGAAUUCAGCAAAAGCUCAAACCCCUAGUCAUUGUUUAUUUUUGAAGGGACUGAACUGUAUUGCUUCCCUUGCAUUUCUUCUAAUGUUGCAAUUGCCUUCACAUUUAGGGUUUUUACAUAUUUUUUUAUAAUGUAAUAUACAAUCUUUUUGAGAUGUUUGUCAAGUAGGUGAUUAUAUUGUGAUCUUGAUGGGAUGAUUUUAUUGUGAUCCUGUAUUAAUAAUCCUUGUGCAUAUGUAGUGUUAGUGGCUGUACAGAUCAUUUUGCAGUGGAUGAAGAAGAAGCACUGGAGACUACAAGAAAUAUCAUUGCUACUUUAAAUUGGGAUCAGUCUAUAAUGCCAUCAGGUACAUAAAGUUAGCCUCUUGAGGUAAUGUUACACAGGAUCAUUUGUAACAAGGAUUUUUAGCUCAGUCAACACAGUGUUGUAAUUUUGGAACAGUGUUGCAACCAGUAAAUGUCACGGCAAUGUUGCAAAACUUUGUUUUGCUAUAAAUUGUUGUUGCAAAUCAUAACAUUUAGUCUUUCAGACAAUCAGUGAGUAAUUGGUUGAUCAGUCAGUCAGCAAGUUGAAUUAUGGUGAUUGGUCAGCAGGUCACUUGGCCAGUCAUUCAUUCAUUCAUUGAUUCAGUUUGUCUGUCAGUUGUCAGUCUAAUUGGUACAAUUUGUUAAUUGGUCUGUUAAUAAGUCUGUCAGUCUGUCAGUGAGUUGUUUUAUUGAGUUCAGUCAGUCAUUUUCAAUUAGAACAUGUUAGUUAGUUGUCGAGGUGUGAGUGGCUGAGCGGUUAACACCUCGAACUCCGGAUCUGGAGGUCCGGGAUUCAAGCCUUGCCCGUCGCGUUAUUUCCAUAGACAAGGAACUUUACUCCACUUUGUCUCUCUUCACCCAGGUGUAUAAAUGGGUACUGGCGACAUACUGCUAGGGGGUAACCCUGCCAUGGACUAGCAUCCCGUCCAGGGGGGAGUAGCAAUACUCUAAGGUCCUUCAUGCUAAUAAAACCGCGAUAAGCUCCAGCCGUUUGGGCCUUUGGCUCUUGCGUGCCUUUACCUUUUUAUGUUAGUUAGUUGCUCUGUCAGUCAAAUCAGUCACUCUAUUGUCUUGUUAAAGUCAAAUCAGAAGUCAAGUCAGUCAUUCGUUUAGUAAGGCAAGUAUUCCAGUCAUUAUUUUGGUCAAGGCAUUUACAUGUGCAUGUAGUAACCUAAUCAAGCCUAAGUACAAGUUAGUUAAGUCAGUUAGAGAUUCAACUUAGUUAUCUUGAUGCUUACUUGCUGUCCUUUUUCAGAUGUAUGUGCUCCUUUGUAUGACUUAGAAGAUCUCUCAGUUUUGGCCCUGUAUGAAAGCUCGGAAUUUCCAAUAUAUCAGGUAAGCGUGUCAGUCAAUUCUUUUAAUCCUGAGAGUUGCAAAAGUAAAAAUUCAAGAAACAUGAAGAUAAGUGGUUUCAUUUGAAUGGUAAUACAAUAUAGGAUAGUGACCACAUACUCAAACAUUCAUACAACCACAUGAAUGAAAGGGUUUAAUUCGAACGGUCACGGUCUUUUCGCUACAAAGUCGUUUCGCUGUAAGUCUUUUCGCUUCAUCAUAAAGUCGAUUCGCUGCAACCAACUUUUUGUAUUAAACAGUUUAAAACAAUUUAGAAUGAGCUACAAACGGUAAUGACGAGUUAACUUAGCGAAACGACUUUACAUCUUUGCAGCGAAUCGACUUCACUGCGCAGCUAAACGACUUGUAGAGAAACGACUUUGUAUUGAAACGAAACGACCAUACUCUCACCAUAGUAUUUCGCCCAUAGGCUUAAAAUUAAGGACGACAUAUUUAGUCAAAACAAAUAGUACCAUGUGAAAUGACUUCUGAAGAGGUUUCAUUUUAAUGAUCACACCGUACUCUUUUGUUCACAGACUCAAAAAGUUGAGAGCAAUAUAGAAAACAAAUAGCUGAAAUAGUCCCUUGUGAAAAUACUGCUGAAGAGGUUUCAUUAGGAUUAAUCUUAACGUAAUACUAAAGGGAGGAUUUUGUGCACAGACUCAAAAGUUAAUAACACAUUGCAUAUGUUGUCCUUGAGAAAAUCUGUGAAUGGAACAGGUUGUAACAGGGACAGUUGAUUUCAGUAUAUAGUGCGUGUAUGUGGAAACAAGACCUAGUUGAGCUGAAACGUCUGUGUGGGUUAAAGAAACCCUGGGGCAAAUAUUUUGAAAAGCUCCCGAGAAUUUGGCUGAAAGACGUCCGUAUGCUUCACUUGCUAUACUCUUAAUUUACAUGUGUCCUGGACUUUAAUGCCGGGGUAAUUUCCAUGAGAGAAAUAUCAUAAUUACAGGCUUUUAUGGGAACUGUUUUCGUAACUGGUCAGAGUAAAAAAUAGAAUUUACUUUUCACUUGCCGUGGUCAAUUAUUGACGCAUGGGAAGCUGUUUAAGCGAGCUUUGCAUCAAUGCAAGCUAUUUUCUUUGAAUAAAGCCGCUCUCUCGAAGAAAUUUUACACGACAACUAAUAACUGAACAUGCAUGCCGUUCCUACCUUUGGAGGCCGGUCACAGCCAAAAUAUACACGUUCUGUACUGCCCACAGAUAUUUGAAGAAAAAACCUCAUGGCCCAAAAAUAGUGUGGCAUGGCUCAAGCAAGCACGAAGGCGGUUCGGCCAGGAAAACGUCAAACAAGCAGUAGAUUGAUUUGCAAAACAGCAACUCUGCACGUGCAGCACGCCUUUUUGGUACUUUUCUUUAUCGUCACGGCACGGGCGCAACGUGAAAUUUCCUAAAUUCACGUUGUAUGAAUUUGUUGUAUGGUGGACGCAACUACAAGGCGCAGAUUUUCUCUUUCUUUUCCUAAACUUUCUUACGGCCCGUGAAGAUUCAACUUCUGGCCAAUAGGCCUACAUUUGGAAAGACAGCGGUGAAACGGUUUGUAAAAGUUUAAAACAGCGCGAACUCACUGUCUAGUAACCUCUGUCCCUAGUAUUUUACGAUGUGCAACUGGGAAAGCAACACGAACGUUAAGAGAGGAAAAGGUUUGCAAAAGUAUGACCAUGCUUUCUUUGCUGUCACUGCACGACUACGGAAGCUUACAGAGUAUGGAGUAGACAAAAGUAGCCAUAUUUUUGUUGCUGUUUUUUUUUUUAGAAAAAAUUGUUUUGGAAGGGCUUUCUGGUGAAAAGAGGUUUGAAGCUCUUUAACCGGUAGUAAUAAUAAUUAGUAGGCAAAUACCAGUUAGUUCACCUUUUCUACCCUAAUUUCUUUCCUUUUCAUAUCGACUCCAGCACCCCCCGCCACAAAAAAACAAAAAAAAACAAAACAAAAACAAAAACAGAAUUCUUUGCAGCGAAUCGACUUCAUUUUUUAGCGAAACGACUUGUAGCGAAACAACUUUCUUGCGAAACGACCGGUAAGCCUCCCUUAAAUGAAGCAAUUUUUGCCAAAGGAGCAUGGAAAGGCUCGCUAGUUUGUUCGUUGUUUUAGAAGUUUUGUUUCAUGUGGUAUGUAAGGAACGCAUCUUAUGACUUUUGUUAAUUUUAUAGGUGUUAGCACGUUUAGUGGAUGGCAGUCAGUUUCAAGAAUUUAAGACUCAGUUUGGAUCAACACUUAUAACAGGAUUUGCGCAUAUAUAUGGGUACGUUUUGGACCAAGAUAACCUGGGAAUACAACCUUCUCUGCUGGCAAAAACUAAGCGAGGAGAAAUGGCUGUAUUCACAGGCUAUUGCCAGGGAAGCUCAAUGAAUAUAACCGGUUUCCACAAUAACAUCUCGAUCACUUGAGAUGUCUCAAGAUUGACGAUCCAGGUGAUCGGGACGAUCACAAUCUGGAGACACCCAUGAUGCAAGUGGGUGUUAACUCCAUUCGCUAUUCAUUCAGAAUAUUUCGCCGUUUCUUAUUGGCUUACUUCCCUCGGCCUUUUCUUCAUAACCAGCUGGCGCUGAUCGAAUCAGGAAGUUUUGAGCAAUAUACCAUCGAUAUUCAUUUGGCUUUGGUUGGAUACCUUUGUUGUAACACCAACUUAUAAACAGUUGUAGCGUCGGGUUGUUUAACAAAUAAAAAAACCUUGUCUGUGCUCUGUUUUGUCGUAAAGCAGCAAGAAGCAGCUAGAGCCCAAACGAAGUGUACGGGAAACACGAGACGUUGUCGAGUGUUUCCACCUUCUUCUUGAGUGCUCUAGCUGCUUCCUAAGUGCUUUACAAUAGAAUAAUAAAUAAAGAAUCCAUUAAAUUCUCCGCGCAUUACUUUCCAAUUUUUAAAACAAAUUAUUAGCAGAUGGCGUGGCAGCUCUAGCGCCGUGAUCUGUACUCUCAUGAAACACGCUUUUUCAGCCAAUCAGAGUGCGCGUUACAUCUGAAAUUUAUAGGUAAGAUACUAUUAGCACGGGCAAUUAUUGUUAAGGGUACCUUGGCGUUACUUCUGAAUUGCAUGAUUUGUUCUUUACUUUAGUUAUUUGGUGGGAAUUGUCGCUAACAAUGGUGCAUUGACUUCGGAAGCUUCCUUAAAGGUAAGGAAUUGUGGCCUUCCUUCCGAUUACGUGACACCUUUUUUUUAUGCUUUCAUUGAAAAGUAGAAAUGUGAUGAUGUUGUCGUGUUAGUUCAACAUGGCCGUUGUAAAUUCAGAGGUUCGAAGUUUUUUGCGUUUUCACUCACGUAGCCACCAGCUUUGUAAAUUUGUUUGAGCAAAAUAAUAGCGGAGCUCCACCCGCGCGCGAAGCGCGCGCGUGGGCGGAGCCCCAUAGCUAAGGAAAUGUGGUAAUCUACCCAUCCCAGAAAAUUUGGUAAUCACGUGACCGUACACCGAGCGAGCGAUCGAGUGAGCGACCGUCCGUCCGCACCACAGGCAUACCAAUGUAAAAUAACUCAAUCAACAGGUAUGGGAAGCCAAAUGCAACUCAAGGAUUUAUUUGGAAGGAAAUCACAUGGUCGCCCGGACUUUUAGAAAGAAAAAGGUCGUGUCUUUUUCGGCGUUAUUUUUUAUGUGUACACUAACGUGGAUAACAGAGAAAGAGCUAGAGCGAGUUAUUGAAAAUUCGUAGGAAGAAAAACAUGGAAAUUCAAGCAAAACUGUUAGGCUGAACAGUUUUCAAAAACCCUAAUUUCAAUCCGUUUCAAUCUUCUUCAUUUUUGCCCAUCCGUGGCAUCUGUUGUUUCUGUUAUGUUGCUUUAACCUUCCUUUAAAGUUUUAAGCGGUCAUUUUUAUGUUUCUCUUAAUUUAACGGGCAUUUUGUAAUUUCCUAAUUUGGCUGAAUUUCGUGACACAGCUCCUUUAACAGGCGAGCUACAAAGAGGAUUCAAAUGGAAAAUGUGUGCAGCAUCUAAGACUUGUUUACUGAUAGCUGAAGCUGACAGAGUUUUGUGUCAUCUUGUGACGUUUUUACCUGCUGUCUUUUUGCACUGGCUCUACAAAAUGAAAUACAGCUGCUAUCAACAUUCCGCAACACAGGCAUACCAAUGUAAUCUAACUCAAUCAACAGGUAUGGUAACGCAAAUGCAACUCAAGGCUUUAUUUGGAAGGAAAUCACAUGGCCGCCCGGACUCUUAGAAAGAAAAAACAACAACAAAGUCGUGUCUUUUUCGGCGUUAUUUUUUAUGUUUACACUAACGUGGAUAACAGAGAAAGAGCUAGAGCGAGUUAUUGAAAUUUAAGGAGACGAAUUUCGUAGGAAGAAAAACAUGGAAAUUCAAAGCGGCGGUGAGAAAAUGAGAACUGCUAGUGGCCAGCAAGGUGAAAAUGAGCGGCAGUGAAAAAUAAAAGCGAACAUGAACACUGGAAACAAAAUAUUGGGUAAGCACAUACGACAAUUCCUCCAUAAAAAUAAUGUGUAACUAGGAAGUUUGACGUUUCUGUCGUACAAAACAGCGUUGUAGUAGUGCAAACCAGCGGCAAGGCAAAGACAAAAAAGCGUGCUGCACGUGCAAAUUUGUUUUUUGCUAAUUAGAAGAAAAAGUGUGCUGCAUGUGCAAUUUGUUUUUUUGCUAAUUAGAUCUAUUAGUCUUGAAGCCAUUUUCAUUGUCGUCCCCCAUUUAGCAUAACAAGAUUUAUUUUUUUUUAGUUUACACGUAUUAUUAACCAGAGCUUCGCUUUUAGCCCUGGCUAAAUCUAUAUAUUACUGAUAUAUCCAGAGAGAAAAGCUUCAAGGAACAUCAACAUGGUAGUCUUCUACACAGCCGUUUUAGAGUCGUCACGUAACGCUCCUCCCCAAUAGAAAAAUUUGUGGGGAGGAGCGUUACGUGACGACACUGAAAACGGCUGUGUAGCAGACUAUCAACAUGGCCGCUGUUUCAUUGUUUUAGAACACUAAAAUGGUGACGUGACGUUACGUUACACUCUAUACAUUCAACUUACAUUGAAUUUUUUUGGCCAAAGACAACUAAGUUCUUACUCGUGUGUCUUUCGACAAAAUCUUGUGGUGUGACCAUCCAAAUUAAACGUCAUUAAUAGCCUUUUCAAAUGGUAUUGUUCGUGUUUUAAAAAACGAAUUGAUUGGGGAUCGCUGUUGAACUGUGUAUUUUGAUACACCGUGAAAGCGGUGUGUACCAAAAGAUUCCAGUUAUCGCAGUGAACAGGUUUAAAGUUACAUGUAUGAAUUUGUUAAAAAUUGUGUGAAGUUUAAAAGUUUGACUCGUCAUUUCAAGAUGUUUUGUUCCAUUGUCACAUUCAAAGUAAGAUGAAUUUUGUUAAAACAGAAAAGUAUAUUAAUUUUUAAGAGAGUAAAUAAAACGGAAAUACACCUAAUAAGUCAAAACUUUAUUAUUGUCCUCUGUAAAUUGUAUUUUAAAUUGCGAUUAAGCCAGCUAAUCAUAUCAAGCAGAAGACUAUUAGAGGGUUGCAAUAAUUAUUAUAAGCCCCUGGUGUUUUGUUACCACUUAGUACGACAGCUGUAAAGAGCAAUCAACCAAGAGAGGCAGAAGGUUAUGAUAAAUUUGUUCAGUUGUGAACAUCAACGUUUUCGAUUAGCGCAAAGUCGUGGAGGUCAAGAAACUCUUGUAGGUAAAGAUGAACACGAGUGCAUUAGAGAACGCAACGCGAGGUGAUUCGCAAUUUUCUUGUUCUCUCUUGGAGAGAUUUCUUAAGGAGUCUCGAGGAACCAUGGAUAAAGUCUACCUUAUAAACUCUGUAAUUAACGGUGUUUUCUCUUGCGUAGCAAUCCUGACAAAUACGCUGAUAAUGGCGACAAUUCUGCUAAGGCCACGUCUCCGUUCUCCCACAUUUUUUCUCCUUUUCGGUUUGGCUGUAUCAGACUUCGGAGUAGGACUGUUAGCGCAACCUUUGUACGUCGUUUACAAGAUAGCUGGUAUUGUUGAAAACUCCAAUCUUAACUGCGCGGCUGGUGUAGCCUUUGUCCUUGCUUCGAAUCAGCUAUCUGGAGUUUCGUUCUUGACUAUGACUUUGCUAAGCGUUGAUCGCUAUCUAGGUCUUCAUCUACAUCUUAGAUACAACGAACUUGUUACCGUUAACAGAGUCAAGAUCGCUGUGGUUUCCACAUGGAUUUUAAGUGCAUCUGGUAACGUUUCAUGGCCUCUCAGCUUAAAAGCAUACUAUAUCAUAUCCGCCACCGGCUUCGUGCUGUUUUUAAUCGCCACUCUGUUCGCAUAUACCAACAUAUUGUUUACGGUCCGAAGACAUCGUCGAAAGAUUCAGCAACAAGCCGUUGCAGUUUUGAACCUGACUUCUGCCUCCUCGCAA